ACUUUACCCAAAUAAAAAAUUAAAAAAAUUACCCACGUGCGAAUAUCCCAAAAAUAACAAACCGUGGUCCAUCCACGCACUCGAACCCGUCUCCGCAAUCGAAACUGUCGUGGCGGCUCACGCCUAACAGUAACACUCCGUCUCCACUGCCGUUAGAGCGUGCCCGCACGCGAUACGGCCUGCGCGUCUGAACAGUCUAAAGCAUGUUUGUUUAUGCGCCUAUGAGGUAAGAAGUAAAAGCUGUGCGGAGUGGUGAUGCCUGCUGGCAACGUUUGAACAUCAGCCACCACAUACCAACAAAAUCUUAACUCUCCUCCUCAUCACCUCCACGCGCCGCCUCGAUCCACCGUCAAUGGGCGCCUCGGAACCUGUGGUUGAGAGAGAGAAUAAUGAAAGAGAAGCGGAGGAGAGGCAGAGAGAUGUGGAGAGAGGUGAGAUGGGUUUUCAGGCGGGAGGGAGUUACAACUACCCGCCGGCGCCGCCGGCGCCGGCGGGUGGUGGUGGCGGUCAUGGUUUUCACAUGGGGAGAAUGCAAAGGCUGAGUGCUACAAACCCUCUUCGGCUUGUAAUGGAAAGUGCCAUCAGAGUUGCCUCACCUUCUCCUCCUCAGCCGCCUCGCCGUUCUCAUCCUCCUCCUCCUCAACCGCCUCGCCCUUCUCCUUCCCAGCCUCCUAUCCCUUCUCCUUCUCCGCCGCCACAACCUUCCCCCUCUCCGCCGCCUCACAUUUCACCUUCUCCUUCUCCUCCCCCUUCUUCCCAGCCGCGCUCCACCCCUACCGUCACGGUUACUCCCCAACAACGUGCAGUGAUAACACUGAAUUCAAGAGCAUACACAAACAAGUUUUCCCUGUUUCUGUUUCUUCUGCAUCUGAUAGUGGCUGUAGGGUUAGUGGGAUUUCUUGUAUUCAAGGGGGUUGAAGGCCUAAUAGAAGCAGGGGAUGCUAAGAUCAAAGAGGAAAGGUUAUUGAAGUAUUUUCUGCCACAGGUGGUGGGUGCUAGUUUUCUUAGCAUAACACUGGCACUCUUGUGGCAGAAGGGGUUUAGAAUGUGGCCUAAAUUCAUGGUCCAUUUCAUACUUUGGAGCUCGUUUAUCUUCACUUUAGCAGCUGGGAUCCUCCUAAUUUGCUUUCAAAGACCCGCCACGGAUGGGUUAGGGGUUGUUUUCAUUUUCUUUGCGAUAGGGAAUGGGUUGUACUCGUGUUGGGUCACACCAAGAACAGGGUUCUUUUGUAAAAUCAUGGUCAAGGCCCUCGAUCCGGUUCCUAAAUUCGGGGACUUGAAUGAGCCUACUUAUUGGAUGCUUGGGGCUGGGUUCGUUUGGAUGUUGUUGUGGGUUUUGGCGGUUAUUGGGGCCAUAAAUUUCUAUUUCCCACCGCUGAUAAUCAUUGUGAUGGUAUUGAGCAUGUGUUGGAUCACGGAGGUGAUGAGGAAUGUGGUGAACUUGACGGUUAGUAGGGUGGUCGCCCUGUAUUACCUCAGGGGAAUGCAAUCUCGUACUAAGUUUUGCUUCCAAAGAGCUUUGUCUAACAACCUCGGAAGCGCCUGCCUUGGCUCUCUCUUCGUGCCCGCCAUCGAGGCUCUCAGGAUUGUGGCACGCGGGUUGAAUUUGCUCGAGGGAGAAGAUGAGUUCAUGUUUUGUUGCGCUCGUUGUGGCCUAAAAGUCAUGGACUCCAUCUUCAAGCGUGGCAAUGGCUGGGCCUAUGUUCAGAUUGCUGCUUAUGGGAAAAGUUUUGUGAAAGCCUCUCAGGACACUUGGGAGCUAUUUCAGAUGCGGGAAAUGGAGCAGAUUGUCGAUUCUGACAUGACGAGUGCCAUUUGCUUCCUCACCGGAAUAUGCAGUGGCUCCAUCUGUGCGAUCGUGGUGGCUGCUUGGACAGCCACCGUGUACAGGAACUUCACCGCCACCCUGUCGCUCUUGGCAGCCUACAUAGGAUACCUUUUGACAAGGAUUGCCAUGGCUGUGCCACAAGCUUGUGUGGGAUGUUACUAUGUCUGCUACGCUGAGAGCCCCGAGAGCAGGUUGUUUGACAAAACGAUCCAAGAACGUAUAACUGCGAUAAAAGAUGGGCGCGACAUGGUUGUGCCAACCCCUAGGGUCCCCGGUCGAUUUGCAAGGCAGUUCAGAUAACAGUAAUGCAGUUUUUUUUUAACUAACCCAACCAAUGUGUACAUAAGAUUUGUUGGGGGGGGGGGGGGGUGUUCCUCUCUUUAAUGACCACCAUCAAUAAGGACCUAGGACUGGACUAAGGGUUGGCCCUGGCCUGAUGUUGCCACAUCAAUGGUGGGGGAAGAUCAUGAUAAUGCAAAAUUUGAAUAAGACAUAAGCAGCAGUCUUGGAUGCUCUUGUUGGCCCACCCGCAUCCGGUAUCAUCACCACUGUGGGACUAAUAUAAAUUCGGCUCGAGUCCACUUUUUGUGUAAUUAGAAUAAUGGGUUUCUUCACCCAAGUUCAGUUAAGAAUAUUUUAUUAGCACCAUCUUAGUUAGGUAGACUUGUGUAUUAUUAUAUUAAUUAGAUUAUCAUAUUCUUUAUUUAUGAGCAAUGGGUUCACCUUAAA